AUGGUGACACUUGCUGAGCUGCUGGUGCUCCUAGCCGCCAUCCUGGCCAAAGCCUUGGACCACUUCAUCAGCAUUGACGCACAUGUGGAGGAGUGCUUCUUCGAGCGGGUCACCUCGGGCACCAAGAUGGGCCUCAUCUUCGAGGUGGCCGAGGGAGUCUUCCUGGAUAUCAAUGUGGAGAUUACAGGGCCUGAUAAUAAAGGAAUUUAUAAAGGAGACUGGGAUUCCAGUGGGAAAUACACAUUUGCUGCUCACAUGGAUGGAACAUGUAAGUUUUGUUUCAGCAAUAAGAUGUCCACCAUGACUCCAAAAAUAGUGAUGUUCACCAUUGAUAUUGAGGAGGUGCCCAAAGGACAAAACAUGGAAACAGAAGCUCACCAGAAUAAGCUAGAAGAAAUGAUUAAUGAGCUCACAGUGGCGAUGACAGCUGUAAAGCAUGAACAGGAAUACAUGGAAGUUAGGGAGAGAAUACACAGAGCAAUCAAUGGCAGAACAAACAGCAGAGUGGUCCUUUGGUUCUUCUUUGAAGCUCUUGUUCUAGUUGCCAUGACACUGGGACAGAUCUACUACCUGAAGAGAUUUUGA